UACGUUGACAAUAUUGAAUUUGCGGGGCACACCCUCCACGCAAGAAAGAAUUGAAAUGCGACUCGGUCAAACACGACAUGAAUAGGGAGAAUUAAAAUUGCCAAUUGCGUUAAUUCAUGUUGUUGAAUGUUUCUAGUAUUUCAUAAAUGUCUUCUAACUGGAAAUUUGUGAGAACCUUCUAUAUAGAUUCAAACUAGAAGGGUGAAAACAGUCUGCCACUGAUUCAAUACCCUAUAUAAAAUGCAAGUCAAAGUCAUGGUUUUUGAAAGACCUGUCGACCCAACUGUUUCUUAUUGUUAUGGUACACAAGCACGGUCAAAUUCAGAUUUCAAAAUUCAUUUGCGAGAAGAUCCGGUUCAUGAUUAUGGCCUGGUAGAUAUCUCCGAGGGACUUGUGAAGCAAUGUAAGGUUUGUUUGAAGAACGCCCACAACUAAGAAGGCAAGAGGUCUACAUGUGGCAAGGGCAACAUUUCUGGUAACGCCCGUGUAUAUAUUAAGGAGGCCUAAAAAGCUAGAAGGAUCAGAUUAAUUUCUACUACAGGAUUGAUGUCCUUCUAUUUGUGCUCACGUAAGACAUGCCUAAAUUUGAUACCGGGUCUUUGCUCGACAUACUGCAGUUUUGGUAACAAUGAUGUAUUCAUAAUUGAGACUGGACAAAGCUAGAAAGCAUGCUUUGAGCUUGGAAUCGGAUUCUAAUAAAUUUUCUAUCUUCUGGUUGCUGUAAUCUCAGUUGAUCCGAGGAGAUAAUACAUUUAAGCUUGGGUUAAGGGAACUUUGCCUAAUUGAUGAGAUGGGCACGCUGCUCUUUUGAUUAUGGCGUCAAAUUUAUCUAUGAGACUAGCCAAAGCUAGAAGGCAGGAUUUGGUUUCUGAAUCAUCUUAUAAUAAUAAGGCUUAUCUUAUCACAGGUCCCCUCUCAUUUGUGCUCAGGACAAAAUACACAAUUUUGGUGCGAAGGCUUUUACCCCAUUGAGAUAUACCUAUAUGGAAGACCGCACUUAAUUCAUCAAAUCGAGAAGAUGAUUCAAGUCAAUUCUAGUUAAGUAAUUCCAAGAAUGAAAGACGAACAGCCAUGGGGAUUUUGGGACUACUUUGUAACUGCUGUGAUAGUUACAGCUUGCAUUCCAUUCAUUUUGGGGAACAUUGUGUUACUCUGCAACAGGCAAUAUAGACCCAUCAAGACCAAGAGUGUGUACUUAACUGUGCUGAGUUCCGUGGGAGGAUUGAUAUGGGUGGCAGCGACAAUUGUUGUCAAUAAUCCGGAGCGAAAAAAUGGUUCUAUUUGGGGAUUUUGCCCUCUAUGGACUUUUUGGCUUCAAGCCUGCUUUGGAUUCUCUUUAUGGCUCAAUUGCUUGAAUGUGCGACUGAUUGUUCUAUACACUAUCUUCAACUUGAAAAAGCGCACAAAAAGUAUAAAGUCGAAUCUGAUUAAACUCGUAUGCCUGCUCUUGCCAACAAUCAUCCUUUGCAUAUGUGCAUCUGUGAAGCAACCGAUAAAGUUAAUUUCAACAGAAGGGCCACCAGCUCCUCCAGAAGGGCCACCAGGUCCCUUAGAAGGGCCACCUCACGAAUUUAAAGGAAAUUGCAGUUUUACUCAUAGAUCUUGGUCAUUUGCCUUCUUGUCAUUGCUAGUUCUCUACUUCCUGAUCUUUCUUGUACUUUCUUUCAUGCUGCGGAGAGCCAUGGCACAGUACAAUGAGUUCAGGCUAAUAAGAAAUGGUGGUGUUAUGUCAUUGUUUCUUCUUCUUUUAUCUCUAGUCACAAUGCAAACUCAUGCCUACACACUAGUGAUUGGCCGAAGCUUUUUGUCUCUCUCGGUAGCUUCAGCUGUCUUUUACUAUUUUUGGGCUCGGAAUGGAAAAGUUAUUUAUAAUGUUAUCUUUAACAAAGAGGAAUAUGAACGGAAGUUCAAUGAUGAAAUGAACCGCUGUCCAAGUGAACGUGACAGUAGGGAAAAUUUUCCACCAUCGUUUCAGAAUUUGGAAUCUGAUUUAAAAAAGGCAAGAGAAUCAAUAACUUGUUAUGAAAAUCAAAUAAAAAGGCUUGAAGAAGAUAUCCGCACGAUGGAAGACAAAAUUCGUGAUCUGCAAGAUCAGGCACCACAGGUGAAUUCGAGUGGCAGAGUAAUCAAAUUGCCUGAGCGGUCAAAGUCUUUGUGUGGAAGAAUGCGAGCUGAUGGUUGACUUGAAACCUGAUAUCACCCCAGGAAUUGAAACUCCUCAAAUAUUAAAGAAAAAGAAUCACUACUUUUAAUGUAAUAUUAGUUAGAUUUCAAGUGCUAUUCGUUACCUAAAUGGAUGCAGAGAAAUGGAGUAUGUGAAGAGCUGAUAGUAUAAUUUUUCAUUCUUAAGAAGACAAAUGAAAAACAUAAGUUUGCCAUAUUGGAGUGCGAUAAUAUAUCUAUAUUGGUAAGUGGAGAGAAAUCUUCUCAUGUGCUUCUGGGAGGGGUCUCAAACACCCAAUUGGUGACUUGACUGGCAGUGACUAAAAAAACAACUUUUACCUUUAUAUUUUGUACAAGUAUGUUCCUCUGUUCAAAGUUUAAACCAUUCAAAUCCAAAUGUCCGAUAUGCAUUUCCUUGAA